AAGACGACCUCUGAAGUCAAGUCAGCUUUCUUUUGGCAGGAUGGCAGCAGGCGGCAUGUGGAGGUCAUUGGUGAGCCAGGUGCUGGGCGGGGCAACAAGAAGACCUGCUCUGUUCUCUGCCUCCUUCUCCAGAGGGAUGCAGACCGUCACUUUGAUUCCUGGAGAUGGAAUCGGUCCAGAGAUCUCUGCUGCUGUUGUGAAGAUCUUUGAUGCAGCUAAAGCGCCUAUCAGAUGGGAGGAGAGGAACGUCACAGCGAUAAAAGGACCCAGUGGGAGAUGGAUGAUCCCUCCUGACGCCAAAGAGUCCAUGGACAGGAGCAAAAUCGGCCUGAAAGGACCCUUGAAGACACCCAUUGCUGCUGGCCAUCCCUCCAUGAACCUGCUGCUCAGGAAGACCUUUGACCUUUACGCCAAUGUGCGGCCCUGCAUCUCCAUCGAAGGCUACAAGACACCGUACACCGACGUAGACCUUGUCACCAUCCGGGAAAACACGGAGGGCGAGUAUAGUGGCAUUGAGCAUGUGAUUGUCGACGGUGUUGUUCAGAGCAUCAAGCUGAUCACAGAGAAUGCCAGCAGACGCAUCGCAGAGUAUGCCUUCGAGUACGCCAGAAACAACCAGAGAAGCAGUGUUACAGCCGUCCACAAAGCCAACAUCAUGCGAAUGUCAGAUGGUUUGUUCCUGAGAAAAUGUCGGGAGGUGGCGGAGAACUACAAAGACAUCAGAUUCACAGAGAUGUACCUGGACACCGUGUGCCUCAACAUGGUUCAGGAUCCGACCCAGUUCGAUGUCCUGGUCAUGCCCAAUCUGUACGGGGACAUCCUCAGUGACCUGUGUGCUGGUUUGAUUGGAGGGCUCGGCGUAACACCAAGCGGCAACAUCGGAGCCAACGGAGUCGCCAUUUUUGAAUCGGUGCACGGCACCGCCCCUGACAUCGCUGGCAUGGACAUGGCCAACCCCACUGCCCUGCUGCUCAGCGCCGUCAUGAUGCUGCGUCACAUGGGGCUGCACGACUUCGCCCACAGGAUCCAGACGGCCUGUUUCGACACCAUCAAAGACAAGAAGGUGCUGACGAAGGACCUGGGGGGGAGCUCUAAAUGUUCAGAGUUCACAGCUGAGAUCUGCCGUCGAGUUCAAGACCUAGCCUGAAGCUGCAGCACUGAGUGGGGGUUGAGGGGGGGGCCGCUGCAGGACUCGUCCCGUCUCCCCCAACCUGUCGCACCGUCUGCUUCGAGCUGUUGCUCAUGGUUUCUAACAUUCAGAGUAAAAACUGUAUUUAUGGAGGUGGGGGGCAGUGCUCCUGCUGCAGCUUCCUGUGUUAAUGUUCACAAGCAAGACGCACAAGUUUGACCCGACCAAAAAUCAGAUCAUCUUUACUGCUCUCAUUUCAUCUCGUAUUGUUUUUAACGGUUCUCUGUAACCGCAGCUGAAGUGUCCUUUUAUUUAUUGUUUUUACUUCCUGCACUUCUUUUUCCUCUCGCAGAACCACAAAAUAUACAACUUUCUACGAAUAAAGACGUCACUGUGUGUUUUAUUUUGUAAUCAGUUACGUUACCCUGCACUUUUAUUUUUGAGCUUUUGUUGUACGCUGCUCUGGUUCAGGUGGUUCUGACUGGUUGUUUGGAUCCAUCAGUAACUAAAACUACCGUCUGUAAACGGUUCUGUUGUGUUGAGUAAUGGGAUGGGAGCUCCAGACCACUGAUACGUUGGGCUGUUUUCACUGGUCGGAUAUUAAAGUUAAAUAAACGUUUGUUGCGUUUA